AUGUCUGUCAACAAUUUUUGCUUCCCACUCCCCCCAGUCCUAGAAAACGAACGCGUGAAACUGGUGCCUUUUGAUAUCUCCGUACACGCAAAGUUACACGUCGACGCUGCUCCUCCAGCUUCCUUCUACGACUUCCUCCCUAUCGGCCCAUUCACCGACGCACAGGAUCUCAUCACGUCCUUCUGGGAGAAACGAAUCGAACAUGGGCCAGGGGAGACAGGGUUCGCCGUCUACGACAAAUCCAAGCGUGAACACGCCUACGCAGGACUCAUCACAUACAUCAACUCCUCCGCCGAGGACCUGGUCACAGAAAUAGGCUUCGUGAUGAUCCUGCCAG